AGGCGCAGGCGAGGGUCAUAUGUCACACGAAUUGACCCAAGUCCGGCUAGGCGCCACGUUCCGAGUUUUGAGGCAUCCAACCCUGAAAAUUUCCCAGGGUUGGAAAAGGAACUGCGAGCGCCUCCAAUAGAUCCCUACGUGGUGCGAGAUGGAUUAAUCCGAUAUUGCCAUCGGUGUCGUCUGCACAUCGAGCUUCCAACAGACUGUUCAAUACCGAUUGCGCAGGCUCUGAUGAAAGCUCAUCAAACUGAGCGUUGUCCGUGUGGCGACAAACGCGUCCUGCGCGAACGAGCCGAGAAGAGAAAGUACCUCAGGACACUUGGCAGGGACGAUGCACAACUAUACUUCCCUCCAGGUUUUGCAAUCGAUGAGGAAAAACGGCCAAGGCGUAGAUGUCGCAGACGUUGA